CAAGGAGCGAAGAGGAGCGUGAAGCACACAGAAGGCACAGGCAGCAUGGGCAGUCGCAGUGAAACAUCCCAACCGGCCGAUCUGCAAGAAAAUUCCCACGAGAAUGGGGAAAUCCCAAGAAAUAGCCUGGAUUCCUCGCCACAGGGUCCCAUGACGGACCCCAGGAAGGAAGGAGAGGAUCAGGAUGCAUCCCAAGCACAGAGGAGGAGUGUGGAAGAGGUGUUGGUCAGUACAGAACUGGCUCCGGCUCAGUGUCUUUGGAGCACGGACGCCAGUGGGUCUGUGCUGCUCCGGAUAGAUGAGGACUGUCUAGAGGAACCAGUCACUGUCCACCAGAUGUUCAUGGCCUCCGUUCAGAAGUACGGUGGCCUGUUUGCCCUCGCAACCAAGAAGAAGGACAAGUGGGAGAAGAUCACUUUCUCUGACUAUUACCACUGUUGCCGGAAGGCCGCCAAGAGUUUUCACAAGCUCGGUUUAGAGCGGUUCCAUAGUGUGGCCAUCCUAGGGUUUAACUCAACAGAGUGGUUCAUCUCGGCCAUUGGCGCCAUCUUUGCUGGGGGUAUUAUGACAGGGAUCUAUGCAACCAAUUCUCCUGAGGCUUGCCUUCAUGUGGCCAGUGAUUCUAGAGCUAACAUAAUUGUAGUGGAGCACCAAAAGCAACUGGAAAAAAUUCUACAGAUAAAGGAUCAGCUGCCCCAUCUGAAAGCCAUAGUGCAGUACUCAGAGCCUCUGCAAGAGAAGCUACCCAAUCUCUACACGUGGGAGGAGUUUAUGGAAUUUGGGUCGGAUGUGCCUGAUAAGGAACUUGAUGACAUCAUCAGUAGCCAGAGACCCAAUCAGUGCUGUGUUCUUAUUUACACAUCUGGGACAACAGGCCAGUCCAAAGGCGUGAUGCUGAGCCACGACAAUAUAACUUGGACGGCCAUCCACGCUAGCCGGGCAGGGGACAUGCAGCCGGCAGACACCAGGCAGGAGUCCCUGGUGAGCUACCUGCCCCUCAGUCACAUCGCUGGCCAGAUCUACGACCUGUGGACGGGCAUCCAGUGGGGUGAACUGGUCUACUUUGCACAGCCAGAUGCUCUGAAGGGGAGUUUAAUAGGCACUCUGAGGGAAGUGCGGCCCUCAUCCCAUAUGGGAGUUCCUCGUGUUUGGGAAAAAAUGAUGGAGAAGAUCAAAGAGGGAAUCUCUCAGUGUGGCUACAUGAAGAAGAAGCUGGUGGCGUGGGCCAUGUCAGUAAGCUUGGAGGCCAACCAAAGGUGUGCCAACAAGGAUGGGGAGAAACCAUUUCUUUUUGCUCUGGCCGAUGGGUUGGUGCUGGAGAAACUGCGUGCGGAGCUGGGCUUCUCGUGCUGUCAGAAAUUCUUUUCUGGAGCCGCACCCAUAGGAAGUGAAACUGUCCAGUUCUUCCUGGGGCUUAACAUUCGGCUGUAUGAGGCCUAUGGCAUGAGUGAGAGCACUGGGCCUCACUUCAUGUCAGGUCCUAGGGCUUACAAAUUACCCAGCUGUGGUAAAGUUGUUCCAGGCUGCACGUUCAAACUGGCCAAUGUUGAUUCCGACGGAACCGGGGAGGUGUGUUUCUGGGGCCGAAAUGUCUUCAUGGGCUUCCUCAACAUGGAGGACAAGACCAGGGAGGCUCUGGAUGAGGAAGGCUGGCUGCGCUCAGGGGACCUGGGCAAGGUGGAUGAAGAGGGCUUCCUCUUCAUCACUGGAAGGAUAAAAGAGCUCAUCAUUACUGCGGGGGGAGAGAACAUCCCUCCUGUGCCCAUCGAGGACGCGGUGAAGAAAGAGCUGCCCAUCGUAAGCAACGCCAUGUUGAUCGGGGACAAGAGGAAGUUCCUGUCCCUGCUGCUCACCUUGAAGUGCCUGAGUAACACAGAGACCAUGGAGCCAAUGGAUGACCUGAGUCUGGAAGCUGUGGAGUUCUGCCAGCAGCUGGGCAGCCAGGCCACCAAGGUGUCGGACCUCAUCGGCGGGAGAGAUAAGGCUGUGUACCAGUCCAUUCAGGAGGCCAUCGGCAGGGUCAACUCCAGUGCCACCUCCAACGCCCAGCGCAUACAGAAAUGGAUCAUACUUCCCAGAGACUUCUCGAUCACAGGAGGAGAGCUGGGUCCGACUAUGAAACUGCGUCGUCCUGUUGUCCUGAAGAUGUACCACAGCGAGAUCGAGAACUUCUACAAAGAAUAGGACACAUCCUUCUCGGCAGCAGAAUUCUAGUAUUAUGUCUGAGGACCUACACACUGUAAACACUUCUAAUAAGAGUCUUAGGGAAGCACUGACAUAGCACUACAAACUCCUAUAUGACCACUUACACACUUAUGACCAUCCUCUAACCAAAUGCCUUAUUUUAUGAAGCAGCCAAUUACAACUCUACUAGCCACAGCAGCCUAACACAUAACAUUUCUUGUCAAGGGAUUUUAGGACUAUAGUUGGAAUAUCUUUGUUCCACACUACACCGUUGUAUGUUUUGUUCAUGCAGUUCGCAGUAUGACGAGUAAAUAUUUUACAUACCCUU